AUGAGAGCCUUCCUCCCUCUGCUGGGCUUGAGUUCCCUGGCCCAAGUCACCCAGGCGCUCUACUUCUUCCUCGACGGCACCACGCAGAAGUGCUUCUACGAGGAGCUUCCCAAGGACACCUUAGUGGUCGGGCACUACACAGCGGAGGAGUUCGAUGACCAGAGGAACGCGUGGUGGAAGCACGAUGGCAUCAGCAUCUUUAUCACUGUUGAUGAACUAUUUGACAACAACCACCGAAUAGUCUCGCAAAAAGGCGGCGCUGGCGGGCGCUACACCUUCACUGCGCACGAGGCCGGCGACCACAAGAUUUGCUUCACUCCAUCCUCCGACAGCGGCAAGCCCGGCUGGCUCAGCACUUCCAACCCCAACGGCGGCAUCAAAUUGACCCUCGACAUGACCAUUGGAGAGUCGAGCGCGAUCGAGAGCUCGGACAAAGACAAGCUGCAGGACAUCCAGUCAAGGAUCAAGGACCUCAACUCACGACUGCAGGACAUUCGAAGGGAACAGGUCUUCCAAAGAGAACGAGAAGCUGAAUUCCGAGACCAAUCCGAGGCUACAAAUUCCCGCGUCGUUCGAUGGAUGAUGAUCCAGCUGGUGAUCCUGGGAGGAACGUGUGCGUGGCAGUUGUCCCAUCUGCGGUCGUUCUUCAUCAAGCAGAAGCUCACUUGA